GACAAGCAGCAGGCUGUGUCGGUGCCCUGUUUUAAUAACUAAAGUGUCUGGGUGCUGUCUGCUUUCUCCUCAUCCUCCUCAGGUCGACUUUACAAACUUCCGCUGCAGAAAACUGUGGAGUCUAACUUCAAUGACUGGCGCUCCGUGAGCCAAAGUGCCACGAAACAGCCGUGAAGAGCUACAAAACCCAUCGCAAGUGCAUGGAGACAUGCAGACACUGUUUCACCUCUCAUCUCUGCAUUCAGUUUUGUCCUGCCCACAAACCUGAAUAUACAACACACAAUACAUCUGUAGCCGAGAGCUUUUCUCUGCUCCUGUUACCCCGCACCUGCCUCCAGGUAGUCUACAUCCUCAUGUCCGGCUGUGAUUGGACAAUGGCCGUCAGUGGGCGGAGCCACAUGCAGCAGCCAGGUGUGAGAAAACAGCAAAAGGAUAAUUUCAAGAGACUGGAGAGAGGAUGGACAGCAUGAAGUGGCUGAUGGUUUUUGCCCUGCUGGGUAUGGGCACUCAGACUGCAGCUCAAUCAGGUAUCACAGUAACUGUCUUUUCGGCCACAUCUAAAACCUUGAUCUUGAGAUGGACCCCGUUCCCCGGAGCCAGCUCGUACAGGGUCACCGCCACCCCGAGAAACAGCCCCAGCAGCUCCGCCGUUUUCUUCCUGUUCGGCCCCAACACGGUGCUGGGCUCCAUCGGCCCGCUGGAGCCGAACCUGCAGUACGACAUCACGGUGGAGGCUCUGAACGGGGCGGGGGACGUGCUGUCAGACGCAGCCGCCCAGUCCUCCACAGCUCCUGAUACGAUAGCACCCAUUACGGCAGUGAAGCCAAAGGACAGCACCACCCUGAUAGUGGAGUUCACCGAAGCGCCCGGUGCCACUCACUACAUCAUACGCACAGAGAACAACUAUGGUUUUUUCCGUGAGGAGCAGGUGAAUUCCUCCCCCGCUGAGAUCGGCUCCCUCACACCUUACACUGACUACACUAUCAGCAUCUUGGCUGCCAACGGUGUCAGCCGCAGCCAGCCAUCCACACCCAUGGAGGCAAAGACAGUUUUGCCUCCUGUCCAUCUCACCGCCUCAUCUCCCAGCAACGACAGCAUCAUCGUGUCCUGGGACCCCGUGGACAACGCUGUCCUCUACUCUGUGUCCCUGUACAAGAUAAACUCCACCAACAAGAUCACGCUGAACACCACAGACACCACUCUGACCGUCACUGACCUGGAUGCCGGCUCGCUCUACAUCAUCAGCGGCUACGCCUGGGAUGUCGAGGGCCGGCAGGGAGAGCGCAGCAUUUACAUCAACCAGAGGACACGACCUCCCUCUCCAGUGGCUCUCAGUGCACUUGUGGUGCUGGACGGUGAGGUGGGGGAGCUGCUUGUGUCCUGGGAGCUCGAUCAGAACAUCAGUGGUACCAUUCAGUACCUCGUGAUGAGCGACGGAAACCUCCAGUGUAACACCACAUCCAAAAACUGCACCAUCUCCCCCGUGGCCUGUGGGGAGACUCGCACCAUCCAGGUGACGGCCGUGAAUGAGGCCGGACCCGGCCACCCAUCCAGUCCCCUGGUGUUCGUCACCUUCCCCUGCCCGCCAGAGGCUUUAGAUCUGACAGAGACGGCAGAAAACUGCACGCUGACAUGGAACCUCGUGCCUCACGCUGACAAUUACACGGCCUACAUCAAGAUGGACGACGGCAUCGAGGAGACGUGCAACACCACCGGCAACAGCUGCAACUUCCACUGCCAGUGCGGCUACACGUACCAGCUGUCUGUGUUCGCUUACAACGAGGCCGGCCGCAGUCCGCCGGGAGAGAUCUUCAACCACACCACCUUGCCUUGCUGUCCGGAGGAUGUGUCCAUCUCUCUGGUGAGCACGGAGACCCUGGAGAUCAUGUGGGCGGCCGCUCGCGGGGCGGAGCUGUACGAGACCCGGGCUGCGGACAACUCAGAGGUCAUCCUGUGUAACGACACGGCGCCCGUGUGCGCCCUCUCUGAUCUCACAUGUGACAGCUCCUACACCGUGGUGGUGACUCCCUGCAACGACAUCAGAGGCUGCAACCGCGCCUGCCAGCCUCACACCAGAGACACUGCUCCCUGUGCGCCUGUGGAUCUGAUGGUGACUCAGAAAAACGAGUCCUGCGUCACUGUGAGCUGGACAGCAAGCAACCGCGCUGCCACGUACACUGUGAGCGCCGUGGGAGGGGACGGCAGGCGCACCUGCACCACCGACACAAACAGCUGUGACAUCGCCGACCUUCCCUGUGGCUCCACCUAUGAGGUCGUUGUCAUAGCGGCCAACAACGUUAGCCAGAGCUUACCCAGCUUCUCGGUUCCCCUGGAAACAGCGCCGUGUUGCCCAGUAAGCCUCACAGUCGACCAGGUGACUCAGGCCAUGUCCAACGUCACAUGGUCUGACGCCAGAGGGGCGGAGUCGUACAUCACCUCGCUGACGUCGUCACGCGGUCACGCCCGCUGCCACACCCGGGACUCCCACUGCCUCAUGGGAUGCAUCACCUGUGGCACCAACUACACCGUCACCAUGGAGGCGUUCAGCCGCACGGGGCACAAGUCCAACUGCACCUACCAGGGCUUCUCAUCCAGUGCCUGCUGUCCGUCAGGCGUCAGGCUGUACCGGAUGGCCAACAACUCGCUGCGGGUGUACUGGCGCUUGUCCAGCAACAUCCACACCUACACAGUGGAGCUGGUGGGCAGCAAUGCGAACUACACCUGCAGCCCGCUGCCGGGGGAAAACAGCUGUGAUGUGUCCGACGUCCUGUGUGGGGACGUCUAUCAUGUAGUGGUGGCCCCGCUCACGCAAGAGGGCCACAUGGUCCAGUUCUGCCCCCAGAGGGUGUACUCAGUCAAUUGCGCGGGGAAUAAUGUUGGCAUGGUGUUAUACAGAGGAAAGAGAAGUGUGGACUAGCGUCUGCCUCCAGACCUGCAACUUCACAACAGACACAAGUUAGCUCAACCCUCUUCAUCCUCCUCUGCCUCCUACAUCAUCCCUGCUAGUCUGAAAGGAGGCCAGCCUGAUCAUUAAACAGAUGAACAAAUAAGAACAUGAAACAAAGCUGCUAAAGUGAUGGCCAUGAUAUAUAGGUGAUGUAAUACCAGAUGCAACAAAAUUAACAUGAUAACAUGUGGUGUGAAUAAGAAAUCCUUUAAAAUUUGUUUGAAAUGUUGAAAAAUUGCCACAGAAGGAUGUCUGUCAUGGCCAAGUCGCUCCUGUGCCCUCAACAACAAUGAUCAAGCACUUAAACAUGACAAAGACAAGCUUGUGGCAAACAAUAUGAGUGUAAAAAUAUUGACCUACAGACUAUGAGAAGAGUUUGUCGUGGUUUGGAUUCAGCAAAUGUAAAAACGAUCAUAAACAGAUUUAAUAAACAGGAAAAAACACCAGUGCACAUAUGACUUAGCUUUGCACUUCAA